CAGCAGGAGCAUGUCGAUGACACAUUCGAUGCUAAUAAGAACUUUUGUGCUGCCUCCGAUCACAAUUCACAAGGAGUCACUGGAGGAUAAGAAGAUGUCGUCGGCCGCUGUCGAGCGACUGCUUGUCCGAACAACAAAACUUUCUACAAUCACCAUCAAGCUAUACAGGCUCGUGAUCAUUAUUCGGAUGGGCAUCUUGGUGCUCUUCUUCAAGUGGCGGAUCAGCACUGCUCUUGUGAUGAUGAGCUCCCCCGACACAAACGACACAAGUACAGUUGGCGCAAUGUGGGCAGUGUCCAUCGCUGGGGAGCUCUGGUUCGCACUGAUGUGGGUGCUCGACCAGCUGCCCAAAAUGCAGCCUGUCCACCGCGCCGUUGACGUCACCGCGCUGGACGAGUCACUGCUACCGACCAUGGAUGUGUUCGUCACCACCGCGGAUCCCGACAAGGAACCGCCGCUGGUGACCGUGAACACCAUCCUCUCCAUCCUCGCCGCGGACUACCCCGCAGACAGAUUCACGUGCUACGUCUCCGACGAUGGCGGUGCACCGCUGACGCGCGAGGCCGUAGCCGAGGCUGCCCGGUUUGCCGGACUGUGGGUGCCGUUCUGCCGGAAGCACGGGGUCGAGCCGAGGAACCCAGAGGCCUACUUCUUCAGCCCCGGCACCGCCAGCGUUGGUGCUGGCUACAAGGGGAGGGCGUGGCCGGAGCUGGCAAGGGACCGGAGGCGUGUGCGGCGGGAGUACGAAGAGCUGCGGCUGCGGAUCGACGCGCUCAAGGCAGGAGACAUGCGGCGCCAGCGGUGGUCCCUGGCCGAUGGAACCUGCUUGCGGCGCGGCACCGUGGAAGAUCAUGCCGGAGUUGUUGACGUGCUAAUCGGUCGCCCCAGCCGUACGCCGCAGCUCGGCGUCAGGACCAUCGUCGAUGGCACCACUAACCUGCAGCUUAUGGACCUCAGCUCCGUGGAUCUGAGGGUUCCAGCGGUUGUGUACAUGUGCCGGGAGAAGCGCCACGGCCGCGCGCACCACCGGAAGGCCGGCGCCAUGAACGCGCUUCUCCGCGCCUCAGCCGUGCUCUCCAACGCGCCCUUCAUCCUCAACCUCGACUGCGACCACUACGUCAACAACUCGGAGGCCCUCCGCGCCGGCGUAUGCCUCCUCCUCGACGGCGGCGGCGGCAGCGACGUCGCGUUCGUGCAGUUCCCGCAGCGCUUCGACGGCGUCGACCCCGCCGACCGCUACGCCAACCACAACCGCGUUUUCUUCAACUGCACAGAGCUCGGCCUCGACGGCCUCCAGGGACCCAUUUACGUCGGCACCGGGUGCAUGUUUCGCCGCUCGGCGCUAUACGGCGUCGACCCGCCGCGCUGGAGACCUCACCGCGGCGCUGCAGCAGGCAAGGAUGACGACGACGACGCCGCCAUCAAGCCUGACACGUUCGGCUUGUCGACGCCGUUCCUUGGAUCAGUGCGUGUGGUCUUGGAGCAAUGGAACACUAGCACCUCUCCGCCGUGCUCCUUCGAUGGGGCUGCCAUCGGCGAGGCAACCGCCCUUGUCUCGUGCGGCUACGAGGACAGGACGGCGUGGGGCAGGGACAUCGGCUGGAUGUACGACACCGUGACAGAGGACGUGGCCACUGGCUUGUGCCUGCACCGGCGAGGCUGGCGCUCCGCCUACUGCGCCACCGCGCCGGACGCGUUCCGCGGCACCGCGCCGCUCAACCUCACCGACCGGCUGCACCAGGUUCUGCGCUGGGCGGCGGGCUCCCUCGAGAUAUUCUUCUCCCGCAACAACGCUCUCCGGCUCCGCACCGGCCGGCUCCAUCCGCUGCAGCGCGUGGCGUACCUAAACACGACGGUGUACCCGUUCACCUCCAUCUUCCUCCUAGUCUACUGCGCCUUCCCGGUGAUCCCGCUUCUGGCGACGAACGCCACGGCCGGCACCUUUUCCAUGGGCACACAGCCGUCGGCCACGUACAUCGCCUUCCUCGCGGCACUGAUGCUGACGCUCGCAAUGGUGGCCGUCCUGGAGGUGAGGUGGUCGGGCAUCACGCUGGGCGAGUGGUGGCGGAACGAGCAGUUCUGGAUGGUGUCAGCCACGAGUGCGUACCUGGCCGCGGUGGUGCAGGUGGCGCUCAAGGUCGCGGCGGGGAAGGAGAUAUCGUUCAGGCUGACGGCCAAGCAGACGACGACGACAAGCUCCGGCGCCGAUGUAAACGAAAAGUUUGCGGAGCUGUAUGCCGUGAGGUGGACGGUGCUGAUGGUCCCACCGGCGGUGGUGCUGGCGGUGAACGUGACGUCCAUGGCAGCCGCAAUACAAGGGGGGCGGUGGAGGAAUGGCCCGGCGGCGGUGCUCGCCAUGGUGUUCAACGCGUGGGUGGUGGUGCAUCUCUACCCCUUCGCCCUGGGGCUCAUGGGCCGUUGGAGCAAGACAUUGAACCCCAUACUCUUGCUUAUUGCAGUGUUCACCAUUCGUUUAAUAUGUUUUAUUCUCCAUUUACACAUGCUUUAA